UCGCCAUCGCCAGCGCCGACCUAAAGCCCGUUGUUCGUCCAUCUGGUGGCGGCAAGCAGGCCCGCGUCAGAGGCAUUCCGACCCUCGGUCCGCGCAAAUUUCAGCAGCGCCGCCUAUCUGUGCCCCCCACCCCCCAAAUCUGGCAUUUACCAGAGACCUCCCAACACCUCGCGAUUGACGACUCGAGCCUCCCCCAAGACUCCUCCAAUCUCUGCCGAUUGUCCCUUUAUGCCUUCUAUUGCCCUGUGGAGCCAUCGAUUCGGAAGACUUUGCCAACAUGAGCAGCCUAUUCUCCCCACCACGCCGUGAGAAGGCACGAGUAGACGACUCCCAUCUGCCCAAAGGAGACUGUCGAUACAUCUUGCUGCACCCCGAGGUGAAGGGGUUGAGAUGUGCCUGUGUAGGAUUUGCCCUGAACCGAUCCAUACCGGGAAGCACCUGCGACUGCGGCCAUCAGGCGUGCUACCAUUCCCCGGACAAGGAGAAUAGCUCGGUCGAACGGCAAGAGCUGGAAGCCUUGCGCGAAAAGGUCAACAUGCUGGAAGAAGAGUUGGAUAGGGAGAGACAAGGUGGAAGAGGCGGAAUCGUUGACAGACUGGGUCGGUUGGAAGAGCUCGUUGAUAACACCAAGACUGAAAAUGACUCGCAGUUGAAGGGCGUCUAUCGCAAUAUUGGUGGACUCUGGCAAAGCGUUGGUGCACUCUCGCAGAACGUUGGUGCCCUGAAUAAGCGGACGUCAGACUACGAGGAUCACCUUGAGUUGUUGGAUGACGGUGUGGAAAGAAUGAGACAUCAACUCAUGGAAAUCGACGAUGCGUCCAUGCGAGUCGAGGACCGAGUCGACGCUCUUGAGAACUCAACGACUCCCAUCUCGGCCGUCAUCAGUCGACGGAGAAGGGCAUCGACGCCUCCAUCGCCGGAGCUGGAUGAUAACAGCGAUUGCUCAGUUCGAUCAGAAGAGACUGCAACCACGUCUCGUUCUGAGAUUCGUUAUUCAUUGCAAUUAGUGAGAGCUGACGAGAGAGAGGUUUCGACCAUUCAAUCCUUUCGAGAGAGAGUCGCCUCUGUAGGAUCCGAACCCCAGGCUUGGACCGUACACAUCUCCUUACUACCGAGUAGCUCACAACCUUUCCCUUUUGAGAAAGAUACCGCAGCUUACAAACGUUGCCUCUCUCGCGGUUUGCACCAAAUGAUUGUUGUUCCCGACACAGAUAGUCAUUCGUUCAAAACUUCUGUUGACCGGGCUUUCAUCGAGAUCCUUUGCGGACGGCCCUGGGACCCGCUUGUCGCAAGAAUUUGCGAUGCCAAAAACCUACGAGGACUUCCAAUGCUCCGUCAACUUCCUAAGAGCCUUGUGGGCAGUGACUACAACGCCGAAUUCCUUCAACACAACUGCGCAGUUGUGGAUGAAUUCGGGAAGAUCAUAGAUUUAUAUAUCGCCAUGUCGGAGGACACGAUUUCGUGGGCUGAGCUCAGAGACGUUCGCGCCUUCAUACCGGGAUUGGAAGCGUCAUGGACGUAUGACCUAUACCUUGAUGGUACUGGCAGAGACGGGCCCGAGAUGAGUCGCCCAGCCGCGGGCGAUAUUCUCACCGGAUUACCGUCACUGAAACGCAACGCUUCCGAGAUAUCAAGGAGUCCCAGCUUCGGAUCAUCGUCAACAGACGGAGAAGCGAGAGCAAAGAUCAGACGCCACGCCGCCCCUUACACUGGGCCCAGUGUGGAAGUUGUUGGAAGACGUACGGAGGCAGUUUGACAUCGUUCGAAAGAUUAGAGUGUGCAAUAGGGUCGGAAGGAUUAAUUUUUCUGGGAUUUGGCGUAAGGAGACUGGCGCUUAGAUGGAUAUACAAUACCUGAGAAUGGUUGGAUGGAGUUUGGGACAUGUAGUCAUUCACGACCAGAGAGUUCUCAAUCUAGAGCCGCCUUGCUACUUUCAAGACUUGAGCUGUCUUCCCGCCUUGUGUUUA